AUGGAAGAGUUCACCAUAGGACUACGGGAUGGUGGUGCUCCUUCCUUGCUCGCCAAUCUCAGUGAAUCAGAGAUUGCGGAUGUCUAUGAUACGUACAAGUAUGCCUGUAGUGAUGAUACCGAUAAAGUGAUGGAACUCUUGAGAACAAAGGAAUGGUGUAGGGCUGCGGUUGAUCAUAAGCAUCCACCACAAGGGAAUACACUAUUACACGUGGCAGCAGAAGAAUCUAAUACAGAGCUAGUUAGACUGCUACUCGAAGAGGCCCAUGCUAGCCCUUUUACGACCAAUGAUUUUGGACUAGAGCCUAGCUCUAUGGCUGGUCCCAACACUGAUGUAAAGAGCAACGAGCGAGUGACCAACAGUCAACUCGACGACUUGAGCGCCGUCACGUUAAGCAUCCUUGUUAUCAUGGAGAGCUCCCUCAUUCGAGCUGCCCAUCAUGUAUCUUCGACGUUCUGGGGAGCUCCCCAGCAAGGUAAUAUACCACUAUCUCCCCGAUUGAUCGUCAUACUAUUAACAAAAGACAUAUUGUACUCACAGAAGCUCUCCUCCGACGCUGGUGGCCAGAAAUAA